AGUAGAUUUGUUCGAAUUUUUGAAGCAACACAGCAGUGACUGCAUUUCCCAUAAGACGUGACGGUUACGUCAUAACUAUGCGCAGAGCUGAGGUGGCAUUUGAGAGGAGGUUGUUUCCCAGCUCCUCACCUGAAAUCCUCGCGGCAGCUUUCAUCAUGACUAAACUUGUGGAGUGGCUGUUCGGUGUGUCGGUGGUGGGCGCAGCCUGGGCUUUGGUCUCUUUUGACCUGUUGGACUUGAGCCUGCCGCAGACUUACAGAGAAGUCGCCUGGCCCAUGCCACUGUACCUGCUGGUUUCAUUUGGCUGCUACUCCCUGGCCACGGUGGGCUACAGGGUAGCCACCUUUAAUGACUGUGACGAGGCGGCAAAAGAGCUGCAGGGGCAGAUAAAAGAAGCCAAAGAGGACUUAAGGAAAAAGGGAUUAAAGAUGUAGAACUUGAGAAGGAGGAACCUUUGAGAGACUGAAAGGGAUGCACGGACUACUUUUACACAUAACCUGUCUGACUCCCUCUUUUUUUGUUUCCAGCAGACAUGAUCUGAACACCAGUUAUGACUCUUAUGCAGCAUAGUUUUGUCUUGUUUAGUGUCAUCUCUUUCAAAUACGACUUAGAUCAAAUGUGCUUUAGGAAAUUAGAAAAUAACAGCCAGUGAUUUCUGGGUUACUCAUAAGUAACAACAGCAGUUUGACCUUUUAAAAAAAAAAAAAAAGAAUAUUCUCUUUAUUCAAAGACCUCUUUUAUGAAGUAACUGAAUGAUAUUCAACAACACCAGUUUCUGAGUGAAUCAUUUUGUAACAGGUGGUUUAACUGAUUAACACACCUCGAACCAGAUAAAAGAAAUGAGCUAAAUGAUGAACAAAGAUAGUGUUGUCUUUGGAUGUUAACGCCACACAGUUAAAUCUCUCUGAGAACCACUGAUCUGAGGUACUCUCAGAGGCUUUUUCAGUCUGUGUCAAAUCCAAAAUAGUACUACACAGUGUGGAACCUAUGUGUGUCUGGAGAUUGUUGCUUGUCUGUAUAGAUGAACUACAUGUUAUCUGUAAAGAAAUGUACAUUCCACUGUCCAAUUUCAGACUUGUGCCCUUGGGUUAUUGCUGGAACUUAAUUAAAUUGGAGACCAGUUUUCUUCAGUU